GGCUGCGGGCUCAGCUGGCCUCGCGGGGCCAAGUUCACGGGCAGCCCGGAGCGGCCCGGCCGCCUCUAGCGCAGGGAGAAGGACGGAGCUUGGUGUCCAGGACUCGCUGUGCCCUGCACAGAACUGACGCCCACAGUGCCAUUAAAAAGUUGAUUGCAGGGAAGAAACAAGACAUAUUUUGAAAAGCAGCUGGAGUGAAGUUCAUGUGGAUUAAUUGGCAUCCUGGAUGAGGACUUCAGGCUCUCUGGAAGGUAUGAUGUAGAUACUCUGAGACCCAGGACAGUGGAAUUUAGCCAGUGGAUUGAUUAUAAAGCAUGUUCUGGAAGUUAAUAAUGAGAUCCCAGCCCUACAGGCUGUGUUCUGUCAGAAAGAUGUUAUCCCCUCCAACUUACAGACCUUUAUUAGGCUGCCUCCCCUAUACAACUGAUAGACAGUCAGACAAAGAAAAUAAAAGAACGGUGGAAAAACUCUACAGAUUUUCCGUUGACAUUAGGAAAAUCCGCAGACUGAAAGGAUGGGUACUUUGGGAGGAUGAAACCUAUGUUGAAGAAAUUGCGGAUAUUUUACAACAACUGGGUGCCGAUGAGACUGCUGUGGCCAGUAUUUUGGAACGCUGCCCAGAGGCAAUCGUCUGUAGCCCAACCGCUGUCCACACCCAGAAAGAACUCUGGCAGUUGGUCUGUAAAAACAACGAAGAGUUAAUCAAGUUAAUAGAACAGUUUCCAGAAUCUUUUUUUACUGUUAAAGACCCAGAGAGACGAAAGCUAAACAUUGAGUUCUUUCAAAACCUGGGACUCAAAAAUGUGGUCAUUAGCAGAUUUUUGACAACUGCACCUAACAUUUUUCAUAAUCCUGUGGAGAAGAAUAAGGAUAUUAUAAAGAUUCUCCAAGAAAGUUACCUAAAUUUAGGUGGCUCUGAGGCUAACAUGAAAGUCUGGCUACUAAAAUUAUUAAGCCAAAACCCUUUUAUUUUCUUAAAUUCACCUUCAGCUAUAAAAGAGACACUUGACUUUCUCCGCGAACAAGGUUUCACCAACUUUGAAAUUCUUCAACUUCUAUCUAAACUCAAAGGAUUUCUUUUUCAACUUUGCCCAAGGAGUAUAGAAAGCAGUAUUUCCUUCUCUAAAAAUGCUUUUAAUUGCACAGAUCAUGACCUGAAGGAAUUAGUUUUAAAAUGUCCUGCUCUUUUAUAUUAUUCUGUUGAAGUUUUGGAGGAGAGAAUUCAGGGAUUAUUGAAAGAGGGCGUUUCUAUAGCUCAGCUAAGAGAGAUGCCAAUGGUUCUUGAAUUAACACCACAGAUAGUACAAUAUAGGAUAAGGAAACUGAAUUCAUUAGGUUACAAAAUAAAGGAUGGACAUUUAGCUAAUUUAAAUGGAACAAAAAAAGAGUUUGAGGCUAACUUUGGUAAAAUUCAAGCUAAAAAAGGAAGACCAAUGUUUAACCCUGUGGCGCCACUGCAUGUUGAAGAGUGACUCCUUGCUGACUGAGCUCACUGCUUUCCAGCAGGGCAGAGUAAACUCACGAGUGAAGACUACAGUGGACUUGGCAGUUCUGGGGACCAGUCAUUUAGGAACCUUCUUAGUUUGGGGGCUGUGCUUAAGUUAUUUGUAAAUAAUGUAUGACUAAUUAUGUUUUAAAAUACAAAUUGGCUUUUACUGCAAACUUGAUAAGUUUGACCUUGAAUUAUUUUUUUCUGAACUAUUAAAUGGUACAUUUAACAUUUAUGUGAAUCAUUUCUAAGAACCUGACUCCCAUAAUUUAAUCCAAAAUAUGAAGACAUUUUUAUCCAUUUAGUAUGUUUUGUCCGGGAUGCCUCAGAAACACUAGCAUGAUCUGGAUUCCCUAGCAGAGUGUCAGUGUUCAAAAUUAGCAAACUGAUGUUCCAAUUUGAGAACCAAGUAUCACUCAUGCAAAAAAAGAGCUUACUUGGUGUGGUCAGUUACCUCUUAUAAAAAUCCCUUCUUGUGUAUUCAUUUCUU